AUGUGGAAGAUGAUCAUAGGGCAAUCAAUCUAUCAACUAGCGGUGACUCUUGUCCUUCACUUCGCUGGAAGCAGUAUCUUUUCCUAUACACCUGACGACAAGGAUGGACUCCAGACAGCGGUAUUUAACACAUACGUUUGGAUGCAGAUCUUUAAUAUGUAUAACAACCGCCAACUCGAAAACAGCAUCAACCUUCUCGAGGGCUUAUCCCGAAAUUGGCUAUUCAUAUGUGUCACUCUCCUAAUGAUGGGCUGCCAAAUCCUAAUUAUUUUUGUGGGAGGCCGUGUCUUCUCAGUUGUCAGACUUACCGGUACCCAGUGGGCAUACUCGCUUGUUUUGGGGGCUCUAUCCAUCUUGGUCGGAUUCGUUAUUAGACUCGUACCGGAUGAGCCUGUUGAGUGGGUCUUUGAUGGGCUGGGGGUUGUUUGGUCGUUCAUACUUUUGAAGCUAAAGACUUUCCGGAGAAGAAGGGAUGAUGAUGUUGGCGUUUGA